GUGUGUACAUUCAAGUCUGUGUAUCGCCUCUCACAUGAUAUUCACCUGGUCGCAUUGUUAAAUUUAUCUGUGGCAGUCCAGUUUAGUGUCCAAAUUGAGUUCCGGAAUCCGGUCUGAAAUUUCCCAACCAGUGAGAUAUUUUUUCGCGUCCUACGUUACGCUAAAGCGAUCUGUUCGCUCAUUUUCUGGGCAACGUAUGUUGUGGUUUCCCGCACUCUCUGGACCAAGUGAACCUGCUUAUCGCCAAACAGACAUCCGCUGAAUCUUCGUAAAUUUGUGUACUUGAUCAAACUACUAAUGGUUUACAGAGCGGCUGCAAGGAUCAUUUGCUACACCAUUCUCGAUGUACUAUCAAUAUUGUAUGUGAUAGACUACAUCACAUUACGUCUGAGCACAGAAUUACUGGAUAUUCUGUCCUCAAUGGCUUUACACCUGCAUCGAUACAUGCUGUUUCGAUGGAUAGUUAUAUACUACAUCAUCUAUCGGUGUGCUCUAUUCGGGUGGCGUCGAUACCAGCUAAAGGAGAAACUUCGUAAGAAAAAAGACGAUAUUCUGGAUAAACAUGGUCGUCUUCAUGAGAAGCUUAAAGCCACCAAAGACCCUGCUGUUACUGUGGAACAGGCUGGUGAAAUGUCAAUUUCACAAAUUCGCGAACAGCUUCGUUCGAAGAAGAUUUCUGCUGUAGAUUUGCUUGACGCUUUCCAGCGCCGCGCAUUGGACACUUUUCGAUCCAGUCCCGGAGCGAUCGCCGAAAUUGUGUUCGAUUCUGAUGUUUAUGCAAUUCUGGCAGAUGGUAAGCUUGCCACCGAGUCUCCUGAAAAUCUCAGUCCUCUUCAUGGAAUUCCAGUGAGUCUACAGGAGCUUUUCCCGGUCAGAGGGUAUGAUCACACAAUGGGAUUCACGUCAAAAGCAAAACAUCCAGCCGAGGAAGACUGCGCGUUCGUUGCUGCUUUAAGAAACGCCGGUGCGAUUCCUUUCUUGCUGGCUAACAGUCGUCAAAAGUUGCUCAGUUUGACUUCGGUUAACCCCAUUUUCGGUCGCACACGUCAUCCAACUCAUCUGCAUCGUGCAUGUGUCAGUGGGGACGGUGUAUUGGUUGCUCAUCGUGCCUCACCUCUUAGCUUUGCUGUUGACAUCAUUGGAGAUGCGAGACUCUCUGCUGCAUCUUGUGGUCUGGUUGGUUUCAAACCAACUCCAGGGCGUAUAAGCCAAAAGGGUUUGGACCUGCCACUGAAAAUCCCACAAACACUUGGUGCUGUUGCUAGCCCAAUUGGGCAGACAACUGGGGAUAUCGUUGAUGCAUUUCGCAGUCUUUGGACAUCGGCCUUGUUUAAAGCGGACGGUUGUUUGUGCCCGUUCCCUUUUGAUGAGAAACUCCUAAACAGGGGUAAAACUGAGAAACUUACCAUUGGUUUUUACACCGGUUUCACUGAUCUUCUACCUGCUUCAUCGGCCGUCGAAAGGGUUAUGAACGAGGCAAUAGCGUACCUAGAAAACAAAGGACAUCGAGUGGUUGAAUUCGCACCUCCGAAACCAGCUCAGGCCUAUCAGCUUGUCAUUAGCUUGUUACAAAACACGCUGGCACCGGAAACACUUCGUGUUAUCUACAAACUAGGCCAUGGAGAUAUACUAUCCAGUUACAGACAGCAUUUUGUGAAUAUGCUGUUUGCCUUACCUGGACUAUUGCGAAAGGUACUCUGCUACACUCGGGCCACACGUAUGCAGUGGAGAUACGAAGUAGCCUCAUUGGCUCUCCGUGGAUAUGGCUGCACCACGUCCCGCCCACAGUUGGAGUGCGAAGCUGAAGAAUACUUGCGAUCCUUUUUCGAUAAAUGGAACGAAGAGGAGUUGGAUUGUUUGUUAUGUCCUGUGUCUCCACUACCAGCUGUGUGGGAUCGCUCCGACUUCUAUACUGUCAACGGUGUGCUACUCUACACUUCAUUGUACAAUAUGCUUGGAUGUCCCGCCGGUACUCUGCAGUAUGGUCGUGUAGAACGGGAAGAUAUCUACAAGGCGAGGGACUCUGUUGAACCUGGCAAACAUUUAAGGCGAGGACUUAUGUAUGCCGAACAACUAGAUGCAGCAGAGGGACUGCCGAUCAACAUCCAAGUGGUGGCAAAGCCGUGGGAGGACGAGCUGGCCAUGGGAGUGAUGGAACUGCUCGAAGCUCGAUCCUGA